AGUACAUUUGUUCUUACGUCACUUGUAUCGAUCUUUUUAGCAUUUUCCUUCUCGAGUCGUUCCACAUCGUUGUCACCUGCAAAUACUAAAUACUCACAAGGAAUGUAAUGCAAUAUUUGGAACAUGUUUCUGCCCUCUAGAUAUCUAAAUACGCACAAUGUUUUGAAUUGUAUCAUUUGGUUUUGUGGCUGGUUUCGAUACAGUGAUUCUUUGCGCGAGUGACUGACUGCAGUGGAGCGGUUCCUUCAACACAAGCGCGACACUUGGCGAUGGAGCAGAAACCACCAGCUACAGAAGCAUAAUCUCUUACAUUGCCAAAAUUACGGGCGGAAUUAAAUACAACUCUCUGUCUCCGGCCUCUCAAAGGAGAGACAGGAGGUUCAUCAUGUCUGCAAAAGAGAGAUUAAAAGGAAAGGUGACCAAAGACAGCGUUACCUUACUGCCAUGUUUCUAUUUCGUUGAGCUUCCCAUCCUGGCCUCCUCUGUGGUCAGUCUGUAUUUUCUGGAGCUGACAGAUGUGUUCAAACCGGUGCGGUCAGGUUACAGCUGCAAUGACCGAAGUCUGAGCAUGCCCUACAUCGAGCCCGCUCAGGAGGCCAUCCCCUUCCUUAUUCUCUUCAGUCUGGCCUUCGCUGGACCUGCAGCCACGAUAAUGAUAGGAGAAGGUAUCCUGUAUUGCUGUCUGUCCAGGAAAAAGAGUGGGGUCAAAACAGAGGCCAAUAUCAACGCAGCCGGCUGCAAUUUCAACUCGUAUAUACGGCGAGCUGUUCGGUUUGUUGGGGUCCAUGUAUUUGGCUUAUGCAUCACGGCUCUCAUCACUGACAUCAUCCAGCUGUCGACGGGUUACCACGCCCCCUACUUCCUGACAGUGUGUAAACCCAACUACACCAUACUCAACAUGACCUGUGACGACAGCUCCUUCAUCAUAGAGGACAUCUGUUCUGAUGGAGCAGACCCAGCCGUCAUCAACUCUGGCAGGAAGUCCUUUCCCUCGCAGCAUGCUACUCUGGCUGCCUUCGCUGCUGUCUAUAUCUCUAUGUACUUCAACGCGACGUUGACAGAAUCCUCCAAGCUGCUGAAGCCCCUGUUGGUCUUCUCCUUCAUCAUGGGUGGCAUCAUCUGUGGGCUGACCCGCAUCAUCCAGUUCAAGAACCACGCCAUCGACGUCUACUGUGGCUUCCUCAUCGGAGGAGGGAUCGCCGUCUACCUGGGUCUGUAUGCAGUGGGUAACUUCCAGCCCAGUGAGGACACAUCCAGACAGCAACCCCAGCCUCCCCCGCUCCGAGAGCCCCCCAGGAGCAACACUGUGCCCAACGUCAGCCAGAAUGCAGGUCGCCACCUGCAGCCCAACAGCCUCAACAGCAUGAACAGCCUAAAUAGCGUGAGCACCGCGGACGGCCUCACCGCGGCCCACCCUGAGACCAUCCUGACCCGGGUGCCCUCCUGCCGCGAGUCCAGCUCCCUGAAUAAUCUGAAGAGGGCCAGCGCCGAUUUGGAGUGCAUCACCCCGACGAGUCCCAUGGGUAAACAGGACUGUCUGGUGACCUUUAACAGUAGCACGUUACCCAGGUCACAUGGUGGCUCACUACCUGAGGAGCACCGCGUCCCUCGCCGCCACGCCAGCAUCCACUCCUCCAUGGACUCCACGCGCUCCAAGCAGCUGCUGUCUCAGUGGAAGAGCAAGAACGAGAACCGGAAGCUCUCUCUUCAGGUGAUGGACAGCGGGGUGGUUGUGGGACGCCACCAUUCAACAUCCUCCUCCUCCUCGCCUCAGAGGACCAUGGAGCUGAGGUGCAGCUCUGAGCCAUCCGCCAUGGGCCUGGAGGCAGAGCUCCGUGCUCAGGGACACAUCCCUGCCCAGUACAUGAAGCUGGCAGCCAGCACCGUGCCACUGUCCAACCACCUCCCCCACAACGGGGGCAGCAGCGGCCUGGCAGGGGGGGCCCGCGUGUCCAUCCAGUCCCGGCCAGGCUCCUCCCAGCUCGUCCACAUCCCAGAGGAGACACAGGAGCACGUUAACAGCGGCACCUCCAGUAGGGAGGACGAGGAUGAUGACGACAGGGAGGAUAACUAUGGCGGCGGUGGGAUUCCUGGUGGGGGAGGCUCGGUUCGCUCCAAGUGGCUGAAGGAGGGCGCCCCCUGCAGGACUAACAGUCUAACUAACCAGCCACGCAUCAUGCAGGUCAUCACCAUGUCCAAGCAGCAGGGUCUGCUCCAGCACGGCAGCCCCAAGAGCUCCGAGGACGGCAGCGUGGUCAGCUGCACAGGCUCCAUCCAGUACAAGGCCCUGAUGGACCAGGAGGCCGGCCAGGGGAUCGUGAGGGUGGAGGCCCAUCCAGAGAACAAGCCUGUGAUCAAGCCUCCGGACGGCAGUGGCUCCUGGAGGUGGAAGCCCCAGGAGCAGCGUGGCAGCAUCCGCCAGGCCUUCGAGCUCAACGACCUCAACCGCGACACGGAGAGCUGCGACUCGCUCAAGGACGGCUACGGCUCCUUCGAUGGCAGGAGGAGCCAGACAGGCACCGACACCGGCAGCGACCAUGGCGGUGUCAGCGGGGGAGGUGGUCACCCACACGUGCACCACCCUCACUACCACCACCACCACCACCCCCACCAAGGCAUCACCACCAUCCGUGUGACCCCUGUGGAGGGACUAGGAGGAGGAAGCGAGGCCGCCUCCGAGACCCUCUCCAUCGCCUCCAGCAGGGAGUCCACCCUGCGGAGAAAAGGCAACAUCAUCCUGCUCCCGGAUAGAGGUCAGAGUCCAGACAACUCCAGAAACUAUUUCAAAGGGACCUCCCCCACACCGCCCCCCACCCUGGGACUGGCCUAUAGAGAGUGAACAGCUGCCCCAGUCAUCCCUUACCCUUACCAUUCCCCCUUACCGCCCAUGUGGUGGCCUAUCUGUCCCCCUAUGAGUGGCCUUCUACACUGGGUCUAGUCUGGAACCCACAAUAGGACCAUUGAACACAUUCAGCUAGGACUGUAUAUUAUCAAACCCAUCAUGGAUUCAGUGGUGUUAACUGGGCUGGCUUACCUUUUCCAGUGCCAUUCUGAAGGUCAUAAUUCAUUAGCUAGCUCAGUGUGUCUAGUACAGGAAGGCCACUACAGUUUUUUUCCAUUCUGCAAAAAUCAGUUUUUUGUUGUUGUUUUCAGCAGUUUAUUGUUAGACUUGGUUUGAUAGGACCGGAUUAAAUGUAUUGGUGUGUGUUCUUUGAGAAAUGCAGUAAAAUAUAUAUAUUUUAAACAUGAAAUAAUGAAGUAAGCUUUACGUGACAGAGUUUUGAGUGCAGACCCAUUACACCUCUUUGUUUGUCUGACCUUGCUGUUUUUACGUCCCAGCCAAGCACCAUGGUUCUUUUUUGAUUUGAAAAUGAAACACUAUCACACACAAUGGUCCUUUAAGAAUGCAGGAGAUGCUGGAAUAAUCGCCACAAAGUCAUUUUGCGCACACCUUUCAACCCAUAUUUCAUUACAUAAACUUCCAUUUGACAAGCACAAGUACUAACUCUUUUAAUACAAUGGUUAUAGUGGUUUUAACUUCAAAUUUGAUACUAUUUGUUAUCAACAAGAGGCUUUGAUGGCAAUGAACCAUGCAGGUUAUGUAUUAAGUUGAUGGACAUGAUGUUUUGUAGGCCUUUUCCAUUGAUGUACUGUGCGCUUUCUCAGCAACAUAUAAAUGUCCUUGUGUAAUGUGACCGUGAUUGGGUGUUGCACUGCAUAGCAACGCUGGAGGGGCUUUUCAUAAGACGACAUACAGUACCAUGACAAUUGUGAAAAUACAUUUUUAUAUUUUUUGCUAUGUACAUAUUUAUAGUUCUCCCGAUUGAUCUGCAACAAUAUUCAGAUGUCUUCAUUGGCUUAUUACUAAUUAUUGAUAGUCUAUUUUAACAAAUAUGGGUUUAUUCAAUGUUGUUUGUUUUUAGAAACUUUUGCGGGAUAUGAAUUGGUUUGGCAGGUGAUUUAUAACAGAGCAAUGUUUUAAGAAAUCACCAAAUAUUAUCCAUGGGUUGCAAAAUUCCGUUAACUUUCCCCAAAUUCCCGGGUUGUCCAGAAAUCCUGGUUGAAUUCCCUCACAACUCCAGGGUUCUUCCAACUGGGAUUUCUGUAAACCCUGGGAAUUUGGGGGAAAUUAACAUAAUUUUGCAACCCUAAUUAUCGCUGUGAACACACCAGUCUUUCCCUGUGCUUUAGCCACACAUUGUAUCCCUCGAACAGUAUAACAUGCUUUUCUUAGCUUACAAGGGCAGCAAAUGAAGUAUGUUAAUAGACGACCAGGGGCAGUGGAUACAAUACCUUAAUCAAAUUAGUUUUGCUUAAAGACUGGGAAUUCAAGAGGGACUUUACACUUUGCAUCCUGUAUUGCCUUUGACGAAGUAUACUAACAAGUAUUUGCUGUUUUUUGAUACAGUGACCUUUUUCCUAUUAGCAACCUGUAUGCUAGUUUAAGAAAAUGUUAGUUUUUUCUGCAAAAUGUUUAACAGCUGUACAAGUUGUUAAUGCUACUUACUGUGCACUCAAAUAUUUUUUAAGUAAAUGUAUCUAUUGAUGAGUGACAUAAAAGGGAAACCACUCUCAGUAGAGGCUGGUCUUCCUGGUACAUUGAUAUGCGCACAAUAAUUUAUUUAAUUGUCCAGUUUGAUUUUCCUGAUUGAACAAUGUGGCAGCAGAGCCUGUGCUGGGAACUUUGGUUAUGCUGUUAGAUUCAAAUCAAUCAUACAUUAGUGUUCCUUGGGCGAUAAUGAACCGUGCAUGAUUCAGGACUGAGGAGAGGUUGUAUAAUGGCAAUAGCAUCCCUCUCCCUCCCACAAGAGAACAGUAAACAAGUGAGUCAUACUCAGUAUCCAAACUACGUAAGUGCAACAAUAACAUUACAAACACUACCAUUGGUUAGUGGCACUGUAAUUCUAACAUUACUCUAUGUGUGUUAUAUGCUGCCAUUGAACAAUAUAAUUGUUCAAUGAAAACCUUUCAAUGAUUUUUAUCCAGUUUGUUGUGCAAAGGUAGGGCCAAUCAACAAUACAUGAACAGAAGUUUGGCUUUUACAGUACAUAUAGUAUACUAUUCUGCAGAGGAAGCUGGUGGGAGGAGCUAUAGGAGGAUGUGCUCAUUGUAAUGACUGGAAUGGAAUAAAUGGAAUGGUAUCAAACACAUCAAACAUACGGAAGCAUAUGGAAACCAUUUUUUUUCAUUCCAGCCAUUACAAUGAGCCCAUCCUCAUAUAGCUCCUCCCACCAGCCUCUGAUACGCUGAUACCUUUAGAAAACUGACAAGAGCUUACUGUUCAUAUACAUCAGGGGUUUCAAAUACAUUUCACCCGGGUCCACAUUCUGUCUUUAAUGAGGCCUGUGGGCUGUCAGUUUGAGAUCCCUGAUAUACAGUGCUAUCUGCAUAGAACACUAGCUUUACUCAUGACACCUGAGAUAGCUACAAUAGUGUUUACACUCGUUUUUACAGUGGUCAUAAUAUGCCAGUUGCAUUUGGAUUACCAAUAUAAUUCAUGUAUUGAGCUUGUUUGUGUUUGUACCAGAGGUUGGAACUGAAAUUAUUUUCCAAUCGUUUCGUUCUGAACAGUACCAACCAUUAUUCUUUUUUUGUUCCUUUACACUGUUCCGACCAGCUAAAUAAAGUUCUGAAACGGUUCGAACCCCAAAAAUGGUUAAUAUUGUUCAUUUCUGUUCCUUUUUAAACCUCUGAAAUCAAACUUAAAUAUAUAUAUAUAUUUUUAAAUGACUUCAUCAAUCAGUGGAUAGAGCAGCUUGCUAUGGAGCUAUAGGUGUUUACAUUGGACAGACAACUGUAGGGUGCGAGAUGUGACAGAAAUUUUGCGGGUGGGGAGAGAACAAGAGAGGGUGGAGGUGGCUUGGCUUGAAACACUGGGCAUCUUGUUAAGACAUGCAUGAUCUGAAUUAGGCCUACAGAAUUGUACCUACGUAGGAGGGGCUUCUAUGGAGGAACAUUGAAUGUCUUUGAACUUCCGAGAGUUGGUUUAAUGUUGGACCAGAGCUAGCUUGUAAGCUUGUGUGUACAGAACAGCACCAGAAUAAUAAAUAACCAACACGUCUAACCUUUUUGUAGUUAAUAAAUCCAAUGUGAAAGGUAAUUACUAUAGUAUCCUUAACUAGCAUUGAAAUAGUGAAUCCAUUCUUCUCCAAUUAAAAAUGUUUCUCCCUAAUUUAUGAAUCACGCUAGUAAUGUAAGUAGGCUGCAGUAGCCUAUGCUUCAGAUGGGAGGGGCAGGUAGCCUACACACGUACACACACAGGCAAAGAUUUUCAGCUGGGUCUCCCGAGUGGCAUGGUGGUCUAAGGCACUGCAGUGCUAGCUGUG